UUUGGAAAAUAUAAAAGGAAAGGAAAAGAUAAGAAUAAAUGCAUCAACAAACCCUAACACAGCUUGGAGUCUUGUCCUAUUUCCUCCCUUCCUCUCUCUCUCUCUCUCUCUCCUGGAUAACGUAUAAAUGAUGCUCUACUCAUCUCUUUCAGUUAACUGAAUUACUAUUAUUGGUGUACAUUGAACCAGUUGAUUACAGCAUGAUUCUUUUCCUACUUAAUACAUUAUCAGUAUUUUAGUUGACAAGAUAAUAAUAAGACAGAUAGAUAGAUGAUACCUUAUGAAAGAUGGGAAGUUUGAUCUUAUAUUCUUUGCAUAACUAAUCACCUAAUUGAUGGAUUUACUCAUAUUGGAUACAGAAGUAUGCCAACUGUAUACAUUUUGAGCAUUACAACAAUAAAAAACGAAAAUUUGCCUACGAUACUAAUUUUUUCUUGGAUUUAUCUAUACUACUGGUUAGUAAUAAUAAUGAUUGUGACACUCAUAGGAAGAAGAAUAGCAAUAGUACUAUUGAUUGCAAGGCAUACACCCAAAAGAUGACUAAUAUUCUUCACUUAUCAAAUAACCUACACAUUACAAGGAAUUUAACAAAGUGAUGAGUACUCAUUUUUUUAAUGAUAAAUAAACUUCCAUUGUACCCUCAUACACAUUUAUGUAUUCAUCCUACAUUGAACACGGAAGUAUAAUCAAACAGGUAGAAUGCUUUAAGCGAAUCAUCUUGGAUUUAAAAUAUAUAUGUAUACAUCUGACAGCGAUUACAUCAAGUGUUCAAUACAUGUCCAAUUGAUUUGACGAGUUAUCUAUCCCCUUCUCGUUCUCACUCACACACAUACUCUCUCUCUCUCAAUUCAAAUUUGAAAAUUAAUCGAUAAUUACUUGUGUAUGACAUAUAAACGAUUCACAUGAAAGCUGAAGCAUCCUCUGUAGAUUUACUUUCACCUUGUCCUAUUUAUCCUAACCCAAUGUUGACCUUCUGUUCAAGUGUACAAAGUGCAAGAAAUAUAUUUUCUCCAGAUAUCUGUAAAGAUAUGGAACCACUGAUUUGUAAUGGAAUGGUGACUACAACAAAAUGUACAACAUUGCUUGCUACUACAGUAUCAACACCAACACCACCAUUGUCAUCAUCAUUAUCUCUCCAUUCUUCAUCAUACUGUUCAUCUUCAUCAUGUUCGAUUGCCUCAGUGACAGCAUCAGCUACAGUCCCGACAAUACUCAGCGAUUUAUCAACAGCGGUUGUAACAAAAAUUAUUUAUCUUCUGGAAAAUGUAUGCCAAUCUAAUCAGUUGCCAUUCGAGGAGAAAGUGAAAAUUCUCACAGAUAUAGCAGAGUAUGUGAUUAAGUUUUAUGAGCAUUUAACGAAAUCAGGAACAAGCCUUACAUCUUUUCAAGACAAUGACAGCCCAUUGAAUUUGACUCAACCAAAAGUGUUGAACAAAGAGAUUAAUGACAAUUUGUCUUGCUUAUUAUCUACAACGAAUCCCGCCUCUACUAUGAAACAAAUAGGCAAUUCCUAUGAUCAUUCAACAGUGUUACACUCACUAAACCAUCAGAAUUUUACUCAACAGUCAUCUAAAUCCCCAGAAAAGUCAUCCUUAUUUCCUGUGUCAAAUACUGUUCAAACUAAUCCUAUGAUUCAAAUGACUCAAUCUGUACCUUGGUUGCAAAAGCCCAACUAUUUGUCGAAUGGAUUAAUCCAUCCUGUAGAUGAUAAUUCAGAUGUGAUGCUUAAGGAGGCGAAUUUAUCCUCCUUCUUUAAUUGGUCGUCUACAUUUCCAGAUGUUAAUGUUUCACCCAACUGGUUACUUGAACAAAUCACACAGAACAGUGAAAAAGGGAUGAAUACAAAUGUGAUGACUCAAUCACCCAGUGCAAUUACUGAAACAAUGCUGAACUACUUAAAAUGUUAUUAUUCAAAAUUAUCAGGCGAUGACAGCACCUGUCAACAGUAUCCACCGGAAGUGGAACAUAUGUUUACAGCUGAAAAGUCUUUACAAAUGUCUAAUAAACUGCCGACAAGAAACUCCUCGUCCAUUUUUCAAGACGGAUGUGGUCUAGUAGACAAUAAUAUAGUACAAAAGAAAUCUGCUUUCAUGCAAUUAUAUGACAUAAUUAGUCAAGUCAAGCCUAAAGUUGAUCAGAAGCAGAUGAUGUCACUGACAUCGACAGCAACGACACCGAUGGCAACAACAUCCCCACAAAGCAUCACAGAACAUUUUAAGCCAAAUGACUUUUCGCUUCAGGGAUCAUUAGUUAACAAUAACAGUAAUAUGAAUGGGUUUUCAUUGUGUCUACCGGUUGGAUUAUCAACACCACCAUCAUCAAUGAUAUUUCAGCAACAGCAACCACCUCAUCAGAUUAGCCAAUCCUGUGAUAAUACGAGUUUUCUGUCAUUCAGUCAGAAACUCAAGUCAAUAUCGGAGAUGAAUAAAGGUCAAUUCAACUUUCCAUUGCAACAAAUCCCCAACAGUGAUGGCAGUAAUGCUUUCAGUUCGACCGUAUUCACUGGGAAUUUUCCCAGUUACAAUAAUAGUAAUUUAGGUUCAAUGAUUUCAAACGAAGCGAAAAUGUAUAACUCACAAACAACACCAGUCAAUAUUUCAUCAUCUGGAAGUAAUUUAAACUCAGUUGAUGAAAACGCUUCAUUUCUCAACGAAAACAAUUCAAAUUUAUCUUAUUUACCAUUGACCAGUAACGCUGGUUCCAGUCGACCAUUGUUCUACCCAACUGUUCACAACAAUGCCGACUAUAGCAAUAGUGGGAAUAACAAACAAUCUGCAGAUAUGCAUCAACAAAACACUGAUCAUUUCAGUUUAGUCCAGAAUUCAACAGAAUUAAUCAAGCAACAAUUCACAUCGCUACCGAAACUGUCUCAGUUGAACACAUCAAAAAUGCCAGGUUCUUUGAAUGCAAAGAUGAAUCUUCUUGCUACUACCGCUGCUACUGAUGCUGUCAACAGUACUACUUCUAUAAAUAAUAGCACAAAUAAUUAUAAUGAUCAUGCGACCACAAGUAUUGCACACGUAAAUGGCGAUAAUGGUGGAACUGAUGAUGACGAUGAAAACUCUGCAAAGUCUUCAACUUCUCCAGCUGGUCAUGACAGUUUAAGGCAUCAAAAUGAAUUAGCAACCAGUAAUCACACGGAAAACCGUCAAUAUAACUAUUAUUCAACUAAUCAAAGUAACCAUUCCUCACAUUCACUGCAGAAAAAGAGGAUUUUCGGUUUAGUACAAUGUAAAAAUAUGAAGUUUACUUAUUCAGAUCGAUACGGGAGUGUUGAAGAGAAUGAGGUGGAUUUUGAAACUCUGCAUAAAUCACAGUCAACUCAACACCACCAGACACAUACAAAAUCCCAUCGUUCAAGUAAAUCUAAUCCAGACCUACGUAAUGACAAAUCGCCUUCUCAUAUUAAACGACCAAUGAAUGCUUUCAUGAUAUGGGCGAGAGAUGAAAGAAGAAAAAUUCUGAAGGCAUGCCCAGAUAUGCACAAUAGUAGUAUAUCGAAAUUUUUGGGAGCUAAAUGGAAGUCUAUGAGUUCUGAAGCGAAACAACCCUAUUAUGAAGAACAAGCUAGACUGAGUCGUCAACACAUGGAAGAGCAUCCAGCUUAUCGUUAUAGACCACGUCCAAAGCGUACAUGUAUUGUAGACGGCAGAAAAUUACGCAUAUCCGAAUACAAGGAAUUGAUGCGUUCACGUGGUGACUCAUCGCGCAGACAGUGGAUUGGAUCAACUGAUGAGCAAGCUCAAAAGAUGGUUGAAGAUAUUUUAGACAAUACUCUUUCGUCCAUACCUCAUCUAACCCCAUCAAUAAGUCCAUUAACUGGAUACGAUGGUGAUUCAAUAUCUUCCAACAAAGAUGAGAAUAUGACCCCAAAUAUCCAAAGUAAUUAUGUGCAAAAAUCCAUAGAAGAUAAAAGUAAACAGGACACACAACAUGAACACCAGCAGCUAGCAAACAAUAAUGAGAUUACACUAAUGAACAAAGUACAGAGUAAUGAAGUAGAAAGCCAUGAGUCUCCUUCUAUAGUGGAAGAAAGAGAAGGAGAAACAAUGUCGGCACCAGAAGUAUCUAAUAGGAUGGAAUUAGAUAUUUGUGAAUAGAAAUUUGCUUGUGUUGAAAAUGCUACCAAUUCACUUCAGCAGAAAUGAGAUAACCUAUAUGUGGAUCAGUGAGAACACAAAUUUUGAUAUCGGACAGUUACAGCAUAUACUAACACCUUACUGCCUUCUAAACUCUUCCACCCCUACCAUUUCGACACCGAUUAAAACAGACGUUAGUUAGAUGACCAAAGUGCUUCUUUCUUUAUUGUUAGUCUUCUUGCAAAGCAUUAUGCAAUGAAUUCAUCAUAGUUAAUCUUUUUUUCCAUAAGACCCUACACAAUUAUCAUAUAUUUGCCUAUAAAAACUUUUUACCUGAAUAAAUCUCUUUGUUGAGUUGCAUGCAGGAAAUAAUAUUCAAAGAAAUGAAAAUUGAAACAAUCACAAAGGCCAUUUUGUGAAGUUUUUUUUACAAAAAAAGAUUAAUUUAUUAACUUUCUCAGAAAGACUAUUCCAUGUAUAUAUUGUGUACAUAUAGAUUCAUUUCUACUUAUAUAAGCUCAGUGAUUGGAUAAGAGUGAUAUUGUAAAUCUAAAUACUACUUAUAUCUACAGUUAACUUACUACUUACAAAUGACACUGCAACUCAUUCAUGGAAUAAGUUCAGCAUGAAUAGAAAUUAUAUUGACUUAUAUACAUAUAAUUCCAUUUACAUACUAAGUUGUGAAGCAGGACCAACGCACGAUCUCGGUUGAUGACCGAGUAUGCUUUUGUCUAUAACACUUAAUUUUCUCCCUUUGCAUUUUCUGUUUACGUUUAUUUUUUACUUCGUCAUACAUUUAUACGUAUAAAAAAGUAAAAAACUACAUAAUUUGUUUC